AUGUUUGAAAAGAAGCGUCUAUAGUUUUCUCCAGGCAACAACGACCAUUUAGAGGAUAAUAAUGAGUAUACGAGAUAUAGCAAGUAGGAAUUAAAGUAAGAACUUGAUAAUGUGUAGUAAUUAACUUAAAAACAUAUGCUUGACUAAUACACUCCUUAGUAAAAGGAUCAACUAAUCUUAAAUUUAGCAUCUAAGAUAGAUAUAAUGGCAAAUGAGAUAUUCAAUCUUUCUAAUAUAGCUGACACACUCAUGUAUGAACAGAAACUAGCAAAGGAAAAGUAUGAGACCCUAAAGUCAAGAUUCAACACUAUAGCAAUGACCCAAUAAAAGGAAGAUAUAAUCAAUAAUAACCCAUAUAAGUUUUAAGAGACAGGAUAAAACGCUAUGAGAUAUAAUCAAUACAGUAAAAAAGAAAUGUACCAACUCCUUAAAAACGCAGACAAUAAAUCUUUAACAUCUCCAAGAAGAGUUAUUUAAUCUAUCGGCAUACUUUACAAGGAUAAAUUAUUAUCUCAGUAAAUGCUAAGAGAUAGAAUUAAUGAAUUAGAAAAUGAAGUGGCAGCACUUCAUCUAGAAAAUAAUGAUCUAAAGUAAAGCAUUGAAACUAAUAACUUAAUGACAUUUGGCAAUAAACCAACUGAAAAUGAAGAAAAAGAAGACUCUUAGUAAGAAGGUUCAGGAAAAAAAGCUUUUAGUGACUAUCAUUCUAUUGAUACCAUGGUUUAAAGAUAUCAAGGAAUGUGA